GACGCCCCAACCACAUGUUGCAGACCUGCUGCUAAGCCACGGGCACCAUAGCUGCCACUGAAGGCGACCGGGCGCUUCUUCUUAACUACCUAGCCGCGUCUCGACGGCGCUGGCUCUUUCCCGAGGACCUAUCCGAAUCCGCGACCGUGCCGCCUGAAAUCCAGUCGUCAUGUUGCGCCCUGCAACACCGCUCUCGGUGCUGCUUUUUGCGGCAUUCGCCUUACUCCUCUUAUCGGUUCUAUCAACCCCCAUCAUCAAGGUUAUUCCGCUUGGAAGCUGGCAGGGCGUCGAUUUUGGCGUCUUUGGGUACUGCACUUCAAAUGGCUGUACCUCAAUCGAGAUCGGCUAUGACGUCCGGCCUCUGAAUUCCAAUGACUUCGAUCUUCCUUCUUCCACUCGUUCAACUCUUUCAAGCUUGCUCAUUGUUCACCCGGUUGCCGCCGUCAUUACCCUCAUUAUGUUUUGUCUUGCCGUGGUCGCCCACUUCCGCAGCCCGUCCCACUCGUCUAGGUACCUGCUGCUGCUCUUCAUCGUCGGCAUUCUCGAUUUCCUUGUCUGUCUCCUGAGCUUUCUCGUGGACGUGCUGCUUUUUGUCCCUCACUUAGCCUGGGGUUCAUAUGUAGUCCUUGCCGCCACGAUCCUAGUUGCGCUUAGCGGCUUGGUCUCGUGCGCAAUGCGGAGGACGAUCGUGGGCAGGAAGGCGAGGAAGAAGCGCAUUGCUGAGAAUGCAGAGAUGAGCGGCGAGAACUAUUACAACCGCCAGGCCCAACAGACGACUACUCCCGCGGCUGCGGCGAGCACGCUAAGACCUACUGUCCCCAUGAUUAGCGGCGCCAAUGGCGGAGCCGACACGCUACCGGAGUUUGCCUCCUUUGAGAAGAAGGAUGACCGGAGCAGCGAUGAGAGGAUACCCCUCACUGCAACCAGAAGCCCUUCAGAGAGGACUCCAGGCACCUUCGCCACCGAGGGAACAGCUACAUACGUGAACGACGGAAACGGUUCCAUGGAUAUGGCGCCCUUGCGUUCGCUGACGAACACUCCCGGUUCCCGGGAUCAAUACGCAAACACUCUACCGCCCCAGGACAGUUAUCCCAUGAGGCCUCCUUCUGUUGAACGCGUGGGCUCGCCAGGAAGAGGCGGCAUGGCACCGGCAGGGUACCGGGGACGUGGUGGGUAUCCUGGGCCCGGCCGUGGCGGUUACAACGGUUACGGUCCUCCGCCAGGGGGUCGCGGCGGAUAUGGCCCGCCAGGUCGUGGGGGCUACGGACCUCCCGGAGGUAGGGGAGGGUAUGGUCCCCCUCCACGGGGCUACGGUGGACCUAUGCGAGGCGGGCGGACACCGCCGCCGCCAAGCUACCAAGGAUCCCCCGCUCCAUACGACAGGAGGCCUUCUCCCGCUGGACCGUACGGUCCCGGUCCUUAUGGCGCCAGACAAGCUUCGCCUGGUCCGCCGGCCGCCCCCGCCUACAUGAAUCCGUCCAUAUCCAACGGUUCAUCUAACAGCGGUUACCAGCCGUACAAUCCCAAUCAAGAUGAUCUUCCGCGGGCAGAGUCUCCUCCGCCCCUGCCAGGCGUCGAUGACAGUGUACCCGCGCCGCAUGCGGUGGAGAUGGACGCGACAACCAGCAGUCCGACACGCGGAUCUGGUGGGCUUGGACAGUUCAACAUCCGAGACAGCGACUCGGAUGUUGCAGGCAUGUUAGCGUUGCAGCAAGGCCGGACCUCGGCUGUGGGUCGACACAUGAGCGAUACCAGCAGAUACAGUGCGGAUGAGAGCACCUACGUGCCGCCAAGGCAGGCAUGGAACCAGGGACCAGGCAGGAAUUCACCCCGCGUAGCCUCACCGCUGAACACUGCCGGACGCCCUGCGGAACUUCCAACCCAUGGAAGCCCUCCGCCCCAGUCGCCGGUAGCGCCUGCUGGUGAGUACUACGAGGAUGUGGACCCCCGCUUCGCGGAACCUCCGGCCCAGAGACCAACACCCGCUCCCAUAAACACGACUAACUCCUACGAGGAUAUACCCCAAGGCUCCCGCAGCCCGGCAGAAUCUGAGCGUUCAAACUUCACUUCAAUAUCCCAGCGAGGCAUCAAUCCCCGUUGGAACCCAAACCCAUCAUCAGUGCCCAUGAUGCCCAGGCGUCCGGUCAACCGCUCGGACAUGCUUCUUGACUCGAACCCCGAUUUUGGACUGCCCAAUCGUGGCGGGCCUUCAAGGCCAGGCGGCCCGAGGAUACCUGACGGCGCUUAUCCCCGGGGAACAUAGUUAGCUCAUUUCUAUCUUGCCGCUUUCAGGCAACGGCAUAGCUUCCAUCUGGGCAGCGAAUGUUACUCUAAGCGAGGGCCUUUAUUUUUCCGUCUUCGCCACGUAUAUA